AUGGGCGACUUGCCCGAAUGGAAAAUUGGUGGGGAAAAGCUCAAGGGUAGAGCCCUGAACUGGUCCAUUGGGUUCAUUGCUAGCUGCGGGUUCCUGAUGUUUGGCUACGAUCAGGGUGUUCUGAGUGCCCUGCUCACGCUUGAUUCCUUUCAGGAGGUUCUCCCACUCAUGACUCCUCGCGAGAAAUCAAAUGAUCUUUGUUGGCUGGACAAUCCGACUAAUACUAUUCCCCAUCCUACGUACUGCACAGGCGACCCAAAUACCCAGGCAGCAGGAGUCGCCAUAUACCAGAUCGGAUGCUGGAUGGGUUCACUCGUAAUUCUGGUUUACGGUGAACGCUGGGGACGAAAGUCGAGUACAUUCUGGGGUUCUUCUAUUAUGAUUAUUGGAACUAUCAUGCAGGCGGCCUGCUUCGACUAUGGUUUGUUCGUGGCAGGUCGUGUCGUUGGGGGUAUUGGCAACGGCAUGGUAACGUCCACGAUUCCAACAUGGCAGUCCGAAUGUGCUCGGCCGCAUCAGCGCGGUGUCCUGAUCAUGCUCUCCGGUGCUCUUAUAUCUGCUGGUGUUAUGAUCGCAUACUGGGUAGAUUACGAGUUUUACUUCCUGACCGGUUCUGUCCGCUGGAGGUUCCCACUGAUGUUCCAAUCUUUCUUUACUAUUGUUGUCAUGAUCGGCUUACUUUAUCUUCCCGAUUCCCCCAGAUGGCUCACCAUGCAAGGACGCCAUGCUGAGGCUCGCGAUGUCACUGCUCGACUUGUCGGUAAGUCAGAAGACCAUCCAGAGGUUGAAGAAGAGUUACGCAACAUCAAUGAAGCGUUGGAGGUCCAGAGUCGGGGCGGUAGCUUCAAGUACCGCGAGCUGCUCACUAAUGGACCGUCUCAAAACCUCCGUCGUUCUGCUUUGGCCAUGGUCUCUCAAUUCUUCCAACAGAUGUGCGGUAUAAAUCUAGUCACAUACUACGCGACCGCGAUCUUUGAAAACUCUCUCGGUUUCGGGCCAUCAAUGGCGCGUCUUUUGGCCGCCUGUAAUGGAACAGAGUACUUCAUGGCGUCACUCAUAGCUCUGCCACUCAUCGAACGGACCGGUCGACGGAAGCUGAUGAUAAUCGGUGCCUCUGGGAUGAUGGCGUCGAUGGCGAUACUAGCUGGUACUGUAUCGACCGGAGAAAUAAUGGAAAACGGAUCGCCCAAGCUGGAGACAAAGUACGGCGUCACGGCGACUGUGUUCUUGUUCGUUUUCAACUCGUUCUUCGCCAUUGGUUGGUUGGGGAUGACCUGGCUGUAUCCCGCUGAGAUCACAAACCUUCGCAUUCGCAUCCAGGCGAACGCUCUGUCGACCAGUUCCAACUGGAUGUCCAAUUUCCUUAUUGUCAUGAUUACACCCCCCGCCUUUGCGAACUUAGGAUACCAGACAUACAUCAUUUUCGCAGUCUUCAAUGCUGCACUUAUUCCCUGCGUUUAUCUCUUCUUCCCUGAAACCAAGGGCCGAACACUUGAAGAGCUAGAUGUGGUUUUCGCUAGUGCUAAUGCUCAGGGCAUCUCGCCUGUGAAGCAGAGUUUGCAGAUGCCGAAAUUGACUGGCGAGAGUCUGGACCGCGAGUUGGCGCGCUACUUCGGUACCAGCAGUGAUGAAGAGGCUUCAAGGGAGGAUUAG